AUGGGUCAACCUCUCUAUCCGUUUAUACCCCCACAGCUCUCCCCCAUGUCUCUGCCACCGUUGGACUUCCAAUUUUCCUUCCCGGGUCCUUCGUCUCCAGCCUACCACACGAGUGCCCAGAAGUCCUGUCCGCCAAAACCGGUGAUUGGGGGCUCUUGGACUGCUCCUUUCCGUGACGGUCUGCCAACACCUCCCGGCGAUAUGACCGGAGUCACCUACAACGCGAUGCCGCAUUUUCCACAUGGAGGGAAUGUUCAUGGAAUGUCCUCUCAUCUCUAUGCUCCUCCACGGAACCACUAUGAUUCAAGUUCCUCUUCGAUGGCUCCUGCCAUGAAGCCACAAGUCCACGUCCCCGCCAACGAUGCCCCCGCGACGGACCCUGUGCCCAAGAAGACGACCGGAUCCAGCAGUGGCUCACAAUUACAAAUUCCCACGACUAUAAACGCUAGUCAAGGCAGCCUCGCGGAAUUUGCAGCUCAGAUGACUUGUCUUUUCUGGUUCGAAAAGACCUCAAAGCUCCAAGCUAUCGAAGACCGACGACACUCAAUCCCUACUCUUCUCGCGGAGGCGAUACCCACCCCGGGGUUCCAGAAAUGGGUCUCCACGAUUCUGUCUACCACUCAAGUCAGCCAAAAUGUGAUUUUACUGGCUCUUCUCUUCAUUUACCGGCUGAAAAAGUUCAAUUCCAGCGUCAAAGGGAAGAAAGGGAGUGAAUUUCGGCUGAUGACGGUCGCGCUGAUGCUCGGCAAUAAAUUUUUGGACGAUAACACCUACACCAACAAGACUUGGGCCGAGGUCUCGGGGAUCGCAGUGCAGGAAAUCCAUGUCAUGGAGGUUGAGUUCCUCAGCAACAUCCGUUACGACCUCUUCUCCUCGGAGGCCGAAUGGGCUCGCUGGCACACCAAGCUCGGUCUUUUCGGCGACUAUUUUAACGCCGCCUCUGUGCUCCCCGUCGAGUCCGAGCCACCAAUCCUUCGCAUCUCGCCACCACGACUGCAGUCCACUUCGCCAUCCUCGAAGUUGCCUUCGCCUCCAGGCGAUUUCCGUCCGCCCUCUCAGCCCAACUGGUAUGCACCUACUCCUGCAUUACCAUACCCCAUGUCGCAGGUGGGCGAGGUCGCCCCCGGUGGUUCUCGCAAGCGCACCCGCGAGGAGGAAAGCGAGCACCAGCCCAUGAAACGGGUUUCGCGACCAGCUCAUACUGCUUCGACGCCAGCUUCCAUUUCCCUUCCAUCACAAUACCUCAACCCCGCUGCAUCCUUACCUCCGGUCCUCACACCAACCUCUGCCCCUGUCUCUCAACCGGCACCCGCUGGCCUGUCUCGUCUUCCUCCACCCAAUUUCCCUGCCACCUCCAACCCCAUGCAACAAUCCAUUCCGACCACUGCAUCCUCACAGCUGCCGAUCCCGUCGAUGAUGCCAUCCGCGUACAGUCGUGCACCCAACUGGUCUCAGCAAAUGCCUUCCGCAUCGCUGCCACCUGUGGCAUCGACCAUCUACAACCACCCCACGCUCCCCGAUCUGGGCCGUCUUCCUCAGACUCCCUAUGGAGUAUCGUCGUCGACCGUCUCCCCCAGCUGUGUCGGCAUAUUCGGUCCACACGCCUCAGACUCACCUCUCCCCGUCCUUCUUCCUUGCAAACCGCAACUCUCCCUACCGACCAGUCCGCUCGGUUUCGACUCUAUUGAUCCCACCUCCGUCCGCGUCGAUGCAGCAGCAACGCAGUGUCCCCUUCGACCAUAUGCACUACCAGCCAUUGAGCAAGGGCUCGGUCGACCGCAAGACAGGCUUGCUGCCAUAUAUCCCAUCGGACCCGUGGUAUCAGAGCCACGUCCCCCCAACCUUUCUACACUCCCUCUCAGACAUUCUCUGGCUGAAUGUCUUAUCAUCUCCUUGUUGACGAUGUGA